AUUGUGAACGUACUCUAGUAACGAUUUACAAAAUUACAAUUUACAUCGUCUUUUCUUUGGAUUGGAGCUCGAUAGUAGACUUAAGACUAAUAAAAAUAAAUAAAACAUAAUAUGUAAAUUGUAUUUUAAAUGUAAAACUGCGAUUCCACCGUAGAUUUCUCGUUAGACUAAAAAUAUUCUUUGGUUUCUCACGGUCAAAUUAAACUAAAAACUAAUAAUAAAAUUGACAACUUAUUAAAAUAAACUACCCAUUGUAAAUAGUAGUAAUGGAGAGUCAUAAAAAAGAUGAGUUGUGUAGUGUUGAUGAAAUAUUAGUAAAACAUCUGAAUGUAAAAGACUUGGAGGAAUAUAACCGGAUUCAUUAUGGUAGAGCUAACCAUCAUUUUAUAGAUAUUGACAAAAGUAAUAAUGAGUAUGCCACUGCCAAUGGUUUUGAAAUUAAAGCAUAUGAUUUUCCUGCAAGACAUGAAGAAACAAGAAAACCCCGGAUUGUAAGAAUUGGUGCAAUACAACAUUCAAUAGUCAGUGGAACAUUCAUGCCAAUCAAUGAACAAAGGCUUGCUAUAUUUGAGAAGGUUUCAAAGAUAAUAAAUACUGCCGCAAAAGAAGGUGUUAAUGUGCUAUGUCUGCAAGAAGCCUGGUCCAUGCCAUUUGCAUUUUGCACAAGGGAAAAAGUACCUUGGUGUGAAUUUGCUGAGGAUGUUAUGGAUGGUCCAAGCACACAGUUUUUAAAGGAGUUUGCUGUUAAGUAUGGCAUGGUUAUAAUAUCUCCUAUUUUAGAAAGAGAUGAACAACAUGGUGAUUUGAUUUGGAAUACUGCUGUCAUUAUUAAUGAAAAAGGAAAAGUGAUUGGAUUUCACAGGAAAAACCACAUACCUCGUGUAGGAGACUUCAAUGAGUCAACAUACUACUUUGAAGGCAACACAGGUCACCCAGUUUUUGAAACAAGAUUUGGUAGGAUUGCUGUUAAUAUUUGUUAUGGGCGUCACCAUCCAUUAAAUUGGUUAAUGUUUGGGUUAAAUGGAGCUGAAAUUGUUUUUAAUCCAUCUGCCACUGUUUCUGGCUUAAGUGAACAUUUAUGGGCUGUGGAAGCUCGAAAUGCUGCUAUAGCUAACAGUUACUUUACCUGUGCCAUAAAUAGAGUUGGAACAGAAACCUUUCCUAAUGAAUUCACUUCAGGAGAUGGGAAGCCUGCUCAUAAUGAUUUUGGACAUUUCUAUGGAUCAAGUUAUGUCACAGCCCCUGAUGGUACAAGAACACCAAGUUUAUCAAGAACAAAUGAUGGACUUUUAGUAGCACAAGUUGAUUUAAAUAUGUGCCGUCAAAUUAAAGACAAAUGGGGUUUUGCUAUGACUCAACGGCUGGACUUGUAUGCAGAAAGUCUUAAAAAAUAUGUAGAGGGAAAACAAGGUCGGCAAAUUGUUCAUGAUAAUUAAUUUUAAGAAAAAUAAUAAUUUAUUCCUUGUCAUUUACUUAUAAGUAUAGUGUAUAGAAACAUUUUCAUUUACUAGAUCUUAACAAUUCUGAAUAUCUCAUAUUAAUUAGUCCCCUAUAUCAUGUUUUUAGUUGUUGAGUAGAAUAUGAUUGCUACUGUAAUAUAACAAACUAUUAUUAUAUAAUAUAUCAUAUCUAAAUUAUUUAUUAAUUUAAUGAUAAAUUGAUUGUUAUCCUGUUUUUUAUAAUAUUUUUAUUUGUAAUAAAACUAGUUUUAUUGUUGG